CCUCUCAUACACGUGGCAAGUCAAACUACAAUAAGGAAUCUUACAAACUUUGUGAAUUCCCAAUUUUACCCUCAACAUUUCUGUUAUAUAUAUAAGCCUCCUUAAAACCUCAGUGUCAUUCAACUCAUUCAUUAACCAACAAUGGCUUCUACUUCAUCUUCUUCGCUCGCACUCUGCUUCUGUCUCUUCCUCUCUCUCUUGUCUCUCUCCACCUCUUCCCUAGAUUUCGAUCUUCCAUCUCUCCGCGGCGAUGACAUCCACGAUCUUCUCCAACGCUUCGGGUUCCCGAAAGGUCUUCUUCCGGAUAAUGUCAAGUCGUACACUGUCUCCGAAGACGACGGCGCUUUCAGCGUUGACCUGACUUCUCCUUGCUACGUCGAGUUCGGCGAUCAACUCGUUUAUUUCGGCAAGAAAAUCGCCGGGAAAUUCAGUUACGGAAUUGCUAAAAACCUCAAUGGAAUCCAAGCUAAAGAGGGUUUCCUUUGGUUACCUGUUACCGCCAUGACAUCUGAUCAAACCGCCUCCACGGUUGUGUUCUCCGUCGGAUUCUUGACCAAGUCCUUACCUGCUUCCUUGUUCGAAGAUGUUCCUUCUUGCUCAAGCAAACUCUAUUUACAAGAUGCUUGAUUGCGCCACUCCAAUGUCUGAACUCGAAGUUGUGAUUCCAAUGUCCCAAGUUGUGAUUCCAAUGUCUGAAUUUGUGAUUCCAGUGUCUGUAUUCUCAAAAUAUUUGCUUUGUUCCGAGUGGAUGUUUUGAACUAAUAAAGAUUAUGUUAUAACUA